AUGACAGUCUCGUUUAUGCCUUGUUUGAGAGGCUGCGCCAGGAACCUCGCACGUGCCAAACACACGAACCCAACAACACAUUUUAUCAGCACGAGUUUGCGAUUUGAAUCAUCAGAUUAUUCGGGAGCUCCGGGGAACCAUGGCGGCGGCGAGACAGCUACGAACACUCCAAUCCCAACCUGAUAACAAAGUAUGCGUCGACUGCGCUCAGAAGCAUCCGCAGUGGGCGUCGGUCUCUUACGGAAUCUUCAUGUGCUUGGAGUGCUCGGGGAAGCACCGAGGACUAGGCGUACACAUCUCCUUCGUCAGAUCCGUCACCAUGGACUCGUGGUCAGAGAUCCAGAUCAAGAAGAUGCAAGCAGGAGGCAACGACCGGCUCAACAGCUUCCUCGCGCAGUACGGAAUCCCCAAGGAGACGGAUAUCGUCUCCAAGUACAGUUCCAACGCCGCUACUGUGUAUCGCGACCGGAUCAAGGCGUUGGCGGAAGGUAGGGUUUGGAGUGAUCCGCCGGUCGCUAAGGAAGCGGUUGGGGUGCAUAAGAAGAAACCUCCGUUAAGUAACGGAGGAUGGGAUAACGAGCGAUCUUCGACGGAGAUGAGACGGAAUCAAUCGGAGAGUGAUUUUAGGGGGUUGGGAGGAGGAGGAGGAGGUGCGCUGGGGAAGUCGAAGUCGUCGGAGGAUAUAUACACGAGGUCGGAGCUUGAGGCUUCGGCUGCGGGGAAGGAGAGUUUCUUCGCGAGGAGAGUGGCGGAGAACGAGUUUAAGCCUGAAGGGCUUCCUCCUUCGCAGGGAGGCAAGUAUGUAGGGUUUGGAUCUAGCUCGGGUCCGGUACAGAGAAGUAAUAAUCAGCAGGAGAAUGUUUUCUCCGUCGUAUCUCAGGGCUUUGGAAGAUUGUCUAUGGUUGUUCAGACAGGAACCAAGGAGUUCACAUCCAAGGUGAAGGAAGGUGGGUAUGAUCACAAGGUGAGUGAAACUGUAAAUGUAGUAGCGAGUAAGACAACAGAGAUAGGACAGAGAACAUGGGGGAUCAUGAAAGGAGUAAUGGCAAUUGCGUCACAGAAGGUCGGAGAGUACACUAAAGAAGGAACAACAAGCUGGAAUCAGCGUAAUGAAAAUGAGAGCAAUGGUUACUACCAGAACUUUGGAAAUGGGAACAGAACAGCGAAUCCCUCUGUUGGAGGAAGAGGGUCACAGUCAUCAUCAGGUGGUCAUUACAACAGUUCUCACAAGUCAAAUUCUUGGGACGAUUGGGGAGAGAAUGAAAGUAAGAAGAAGGAAGCAGAUGGCUGGACCGGUUGGGAUGAUCCCAAAGAUGAUGGUUAUUAUCAAAGUGCCGGCGACAAGAAAUCAGCUGGUCACAACGGGAAAUCAGACACCGCUUGGACUGGUGGAGGUUUUCACUAAAGGUAAGCAAUCAAGCUUUCAAGCUUAUCUAGUGAAGCGUGGAGCUUUUGUCAUAUCGGUAAUAACGCCAAUACUGAUGAUUGCCUUAGACUGGUGAUGGUGAAUGCCGGUGUAAAGAAGUGUACAAUUAAUUGAAACAUUUGUGAGAUGCCAAAGAGAGUUCGAACAAAUGUCUUAUAAGUUGAAGAGAGUUCGAACAAAUGUCUGUGUUUUUCUAGAUUGGUCAUCCAUUACCAGACAUGUCUGCAUGUCUGUGUUUUUCUUCAUAACUUAGCAGUUUCGUGAUAGUUUUUUUGUGUGUAAGGAGUUGCAUGUUUGUAUAAGAUCCAUAAUUUCAGAUAGUCUUUCACUA